AAGAUGAGCUGAAAAUUAAGGGCUUUUGUUGUUCUUGUCUUUUUUAACGUUGGAAAAAGGCACAAAGUUUUUGUUGGAUUUUUAAACUUUGCAACCUAUGCUGUUGUAAAUUCUGAAGUUGAUUGUACAAAUUCCAGUUGAGAUGGGGGUGUUGCUGGAUGUGGGUUUUUUUCUCCCUUUAAUUGGAAGGCAGGGUGGGAUUUCUUUUCAGAAAGCCACCUUCCUGCUGAAUGGUUAAAAAGAGAAAAAAAAUCAUAAGUCUAAGCAAAGAUCAACUCUUAAAAUUUAAUCUGUUUCUUACUGCUGCCUUUUUUAACUGAAAUUGUCCUGUUGUGGAAAUUUUCUUUAAAAGCUAGUAUAGACUAGAACUAUUUUCUUGUACAAAAGAAUAGAGGCACAGCAUUAAAACUUUGACAUCUUCUUUGUAAUUAUUAAACAAAAAUUAGUAGAAAUCUACGGAAACAAAUAAUCAACUUUAAAAUUAUUUAAUGUCUGUGGUCUCAGAGGCCAAUCUGAAAAGGCUGAGAAAAUACAGUUAUUUUUGCAUAAUCAUCCAAAUAGGAUGGACCAAGUUAAAUAGGUUGAAGAAAAUGAUUCUAUAAAAAUCACAUCAAGUUUCUCUUGUAUGACAUCCAAUUAUUACUGCAUAAUAUUUUAUGAGAGAUUAGGUAUCUUUGCUAGUGUCUGGUUCUUGAGGUCUUCCCUGAGAUACACUUAGUCCUUGUCAGUGCUGGUUGUCACUGAGGACAACGUCAUUACAUCACUUAAUGCUCAGUCUUAAUGAGCUAAGCCUGUUCAGCUCUUUAAUUGUGCUGGCUGAAAGACUGCACCGCUUCUAGACCCUUGCACUGGAAGGCCAGAUUCCAUAGCAGUUGGAGGACUAUUGUGCGUUCAGAGCACCAUGAAUAUGUUUGUAUGCUAUUGUGGUUGCACUUGAGGAAAUGUAAACUGCAAGCUUGCAGUUCUGUAUAUUUUGUUGGAAAAAGUUAUAAACGGACUUGAGAUCAGAAAAUUCCUUCCUCCUUCAGUCAGACAAUUUUCAAAUAGUUCAUUUCAGUAGUGUUCUCUUUGGAACCAUUGUUGUUUGUUUUUUGCAAACUCACCCAGGCAAUUAAAGCUGGACAGUGAAAGCAUCUGCUUACUGCCACAGUGUGCAUUUCUGAAAAAUUGCUUAGAGAGUAAUAGGAUGCAGCCAUUAUUAGCACGUUGGUCUACUCUGACAGAGCUGUUAUAGGACUGUGGACCAGCUCCUCAUUGUUUAUUUCUGCAGGUGUAUGGAGUGAUCAACCCAGGAAUGGCAGUGUGACAUAGUGAAGAGCUGUGAUGGCCAGUCACCAGGCAGAAGUUCAGAGUUUGAAGCUAGAUAAUGAUUCAGUUAUAGAAGGAAUAAGUGACCAGGUACUGGUGGCAGUUGUGCUCAGUUUCACUUUCAUUGCUGCUCUGAUAUAUACGCUUUUAAGAAAUGAACAUCAGAACAUACAUCCAGAAAAUCAAGAGCUAGUACGAGCUCUUCGGCAGCAGCUUCAAACUGAGCAGCAGGAUGCUUCUACUGGUGACAGACAUCGCUUCUAUACAGACAUGUCUUGUCCAGUGUGUUUGCAACAAGCUACAUUUCCUAUAGAAACAAACUGUGGACAUCUCUUCUGUGGUUCCUGCAUUAUUGCAUACUGGAGAUAUGGAUCAUGGCUUGGUGCCAUCCGUUGUCCAAUUUGCAGACAAACGGUGACGUUGUUUUUACCACUCUUCAGUGAAGACCAGCAGGGUGCGACACAAGUAUUACAAGAUGUUAAUGAUUACAAUCGGAGAUUCUCAGGACAACCCAGAUCUAUUAUGGAAAGAAUUAUGGAUCUGCCCACUCUACUGCGGCAUGCAUUCAGGGAGAUGUUUUCUGUUGGAGGCCUCUUUUGGAUGUUUCGCAUCAGAAUAUUCCUCUGUUUGUUUGGAGCCUUUCUCUACCUGGCAUCACCUCUGGAUUUUCUUCCUGAAGCUCUUUUUGGAAUUCUGGGGUUCUUGGAUGAUUUCUUUGUCAUUUUUCUUCUGCUGAUAUAUAUUUCCAUCAUGUACCGAGAAGUGGUAACCCAGCGGCUGAAUAGAUGAAAUGGCUGAAAGUCACCCAGACACAGAGGUGGAAUGUUUCAAAAAGAGAAUCAUAAGUAUGGAAUAGCAAGGUACCUGUGUACAGUUUCAGUAGUUACAAUUCCUUAGCUUCUAGUUGAUCAUCUUAUACAAAUAUGAAAAGUUAGUGUGUGGUGAUGCUUAACUGGAAUCUUUAACUUUUGUAUUACAUAUGCUUCAUAGUGAUGAGGUCAGUUUUAUAAUGUAAUAAACUACCUUCAUCUGCUUAUACCUAAUGAACAAUUGUAUGUGAUCAAAGCAGAAAACGCCUCUUUUAGAGUGAUUUGUGAAAAAGAAGUUCUAGUAAAGGACUUCAAGGAAAUAGAUAUGUUUGGUACUCUAGACAUGCAUAAAGAAAUUCAAAGCUUCUUCACAGGACAAUGAGCAAUAUGCUUAAUGUCUCACUGUUGUGAGCUUUUAAAUAAAAGUAGCUUUGUGUA